AUGGCGGACAAGCUCAGGAUAAAAAAGGUCGAACAUGUCCAGGUCCUUGCGGCAGGAGAGAUCACUUCUGCGACUCUACAUCUCAUGGCGCAUCAUCUCGUUCUGGUCAUAACCAUCCCGCCACGCCUACCUAAAGAUCUAACAGCGCCGCCAACAGAGAAAAGGGCGCCAAAAGAAUCAUGGAUUGCAUACCCUAUGAUAGCCUUCUGUGCCUUCAGGCCGACUGCGCCUGGGUCUGGGCUUGCUUCUUCGAUACGGAUUAGAGGCCGAGACUUCUCCUUCAUCACCUUAAACUUCGCCGACGAUAAACAGGCCAGGGAUGUGUUUGAGAGUAUAAAGAAUGCAACAUGCAAGCUUGGGAGCAUCGAGAAACUGCACGCCUUCAGCUACGACCCUGUGCCCCCAGAGAAGAAAAUCAACGGGUGGGAGCUGUACGAUGCAAAGGCAGAGUGGAAGCGCCAGGGCAUCAGUGACAAGGGCGUUGAUCGAGGGUGGAGGAUAUCGAAAAUCAAUACUGAUUAUGUUUUCUCGCCAACAUACCCUGCCUUGCUCCCAGUUCCCUCAACGAUAUCCGAUAAUACCUUGAAUUACGCUGGCAGAUAUCGAUCGCGAGUACGGAUACCUGUUCUGACAUAUCUACACCCGGUAAACAACUGCUCUAUUUCAAGAAGCUCUCAACCGCUUGCUGGACUCAGGGGAAACCGCAGUAUACAAGACGAGAAGCUCGUCAGCGCUUGCUUCUCUGCUUGUGCCCAGCCUGACGAAGUUGAAACCCCCCCUGCGAGCGUCUCCAGAGCCAGCCCGGCUUCCAGCCAGGCAGACUUUGGCUCGUCCAGUACGGAUGGUGAGAUAUCAGAGACAGAAAGGCUAGAGGACGAAAUCAUAUCUUCUUCGAACAUUCAGAUCAGUGGUGACAAGCCUUUGAUCUACGGAGCACAGCAGCAUAAUCUGAUUGUUGAUGCUCGGCCGACGGUAAAUGCAUUAGCAAUGCAAGCCGUAGGUCUCGGCUCAGAAAAUAUGGACCAUUACAAGUUCGCUGCAAAGGUGUAUCUGGGUAUUGACAAUAUUCAUGUGAUGAGGAAUUCCUUGGACAAGGUGAUAGAGGCUAUCAAGGAUUCGGAUAUCUCAAAACUACCACCAAAUCGAGAUCUACUCGCUAAAAGUGGAUGGCUCAAACAUAUCACUGGUUUGCUUGAUGGUUCUGCCUUGAUUGCCAGACAAGUCGGAAUUCAACAUUCCCAUGUUCUGAUACACUGUUCUGACGGGUGGGAUCGAACGAGUCAGUUGAGUGCACUUUCUCAAAUUAUGCUGGAUCCUUAUUACCGGACAAUUGAUGGUUUUAUUGUGCUUGUGGAGAAAGACUGGCUGGCUUUCGGCCACAUGUUCCAACAUCGAUCAGGCUUCCUGAACAGCGAAAAGUGGUUCCAAACACAGAACGAUGCUCUCGCAGGCUCAGCGAUCCAGCCCAACGGUGGCGAAGGUCGUGGCAACGACUCCAUUGAGAACGCGUUACUCAGCGCAAAGCGAUUCUUCAACAAGAGCAACCAAGACGCAACCACCGACUCGGAUGGAGAACUUAUCUCCGUUGACGACCUGCCGAAGUCCAAGAAGGGCUCUGGUAAAGAUAGUCUAGCCGACAAGGAGGCCACUAAACCCAAGGAGACCAGUCCAGUCUUCCAUCAAUUCUUAGACGCCACCUACCAACUUCUCUACCAACACCCGACUCGCUUUGAAUUCAACGAGCGUUUUCUGAAGAGACUUCUAUAUCAUCUCUACUCGUGCCAAUACGGCACCUUCCUCUACAACAACGAGAAGUCACGCGUCGACGCCCGCGUUCAAGACCGAACUGCAAGCGUGUGGUCAUACUUCCUCUCUAAACGCGAGGAGUUCACAAACAAAGCCUACGACGGCGGUGAGGUUGAUGAUCAUGUAAAGGGUAAGGAACGUCUGCUAUUCCCGAAGCUGGAGAAGAUUAGAUGGUGGCACUCUGUUUUCAACCGCACGGAUCUUGACAUGAACGGGCCGUCGAACGCUGCUACGGAUAGGUAUUUGGGUGGCCAAGAUACCGUCGGCGUGGGACGCGGUGUUCUGACGGGGGUGGAGACUGCGCAUGCGGCGACUGUUACUGCCGAAAGCCUCAAGCCAGCUGUGAAUGGGACUCCUGCGCCGGGAAGUUUCGCGAGUCUGAGAGAGGGUAUUGCGGGAUUGGGGAUUGGUAUGGGGAAGGGAGGAGGGGCUGGGGCGAAAAGCCCUGCAAAUUCGAAGCAGCCGAUGGAGGUUGAGAUGCAAUGA